AGGAGACGGACUUCGUUAGCUAUCAGCGCUACGUGCUGGUUGCAGCUCUGUUGUUACUGAAAGAUAAUUACUAGCUGCGCCAGUAAAGUCGCGAUUUUAACACGGGUAUGUCGGCAUAUUUCUAAAACAUUUUGUUCCCGUAUACAUUUAUAAACCUCAGCAAGAUUAAUAUAAGAAACCGAAGUGUGCUUUUCAAGAGAAGUGAGUGAGUACGAGAGAGCACACCGCAAGACCGCUCUUUUGUUUGACUAAAACACGGAGCAUCGAUUGGCUGUUGGUGUUAAGGGCUUGUUUACCGGAAGAUUAGCACGCGGCUAAGAACCAUUUCAAUGGGCUCCAAGAGAAGACGAGCCACCUCUUCUUCCAGCAGUGUCAGCGGAGGAGACUUUGAUGAUGCUGCCUCAUCAACUCCAGUCAGUGGAUGGAAGAGGAGGAGAGCUUCCACUGCUCCUUCUGUUGAUCAAAUUGCUGUGUGCCAUGAAUUGUACAACACUGUCAGAGAUUACAAAGAUGACCAAGGCAGACAGAUCUGUGAGCUCUUUGUUCGUGCACCAAAGAGGAGGAAUCAGCCUGACUAUUAUGAAGUGGUGAGCCAGCCCAUAGACAUGAUGAAAAUACAGCAGAAGCUCAGGGCAGAGGAAUACCAGGAUGUAGAGCAGUUCUCAGCUGACUUUCAUCUGCUUAUUAAUAACGCCAAAGCAUACUAUCAAGCUGACAGUGCAGAGUACAGAGCUGCCUGUAAGCUUUUGAACGUCUUCCUGACUAUCAAGAAUGAACUACUACAGGGAUCCGAAGGAGAAGAGGCUGAGGAUGAUGAGGAAGGUGAAGAUGCGGAAAACACAAGUGCUUCCAUGGAGGAGGUGAGACCUCCAAGCUAUCUAAAAGCCAUUCUGGAGCAGCUCUUGGAGGCCAUAGUAUCAUGCACUGAUUCCUCAGGGAGGCUUGUUAGUGAGCUAUUCCAAAAACUUCCCUCCAAAUUGCAUUAUCCAGACUAUUAUGCCGUAACAAAAGAACCAAUAGAUCUGCGCACUGUGGCUCAGAGGAUACAGGCGGGACAUUACAAAUCCAUCAGUGCCAUGGCCAAGGACAUUGAUCUUUUGACAAAAAACGCCAAAGCAUACAAUGAGCCAGGGUCACAAGUUUUCAAGGAUGCAAACACAAUUAAGAAGGUAUUUGCCCAGAGAAGGACUGAGAUUGAGCAGGCUGAACCCACUAAAUCUAGCCUCCGCAUCAGAAAUCGGAGGUCUGCUCAGGGUGACCGGCUGUCUGCCAUCACUAUGGCUCUUCAAGCUGGAUCUGAAAGUGAAGAAGACUCUAUUCUCAAAGGCACUGUACGUUAUGACACUGGAGAAUCGGAGGCCGAUUGUGGUCUCAGUGCAGGUGACCCAAUCUUCUUGUUGUACCAGUCAAUGCGAGGAGCCCGAAGCGUUCAGGGGCUGCUUCUCGCUGAACCCUUCCUCCAACUGCCCGCACGAAGGGAAUACCCAGACUACUACCAUCAGAUCAAAAACCCCAUCUGCCUACAACAGAUCAGGGAUAAAAUGAAGAAUGGGGACUAUGAAGGAGUUGAGCAGAUUGAGGCUGACCUCACGUUAAUGUUUGAGAAUGCUAAACGCUACAACAUGCCCAGUUCCACCAUAUACAAACGUGCUCAGAGGUUACAGCAAAUAAUGCAGCAAAAGAAAAGAGAGCUCCGAGAUGACGUUGAAGGAGACAUCUCUACUGCAAAUUCAGAAUUGGGAAGUGGUAAAAGGAAAAGCCACAAGAAGAACACCAAGAAAAACCGAAUGAAGAUGCUGUAUGCUGCAGUGACUGAGGCACGUGAGGCAGGCACUGGACGGCGCCUCUGUGAUCUCUUCAUGGUGAAGCCCUCUAAGAAGGAUUACCCAGACUACUACCAGAUCAUCCAAGAUCCAAUGGACCUGCGUACCAUCGAGAACAAUAUCCGCACUGAGCGUUAUAACAAUGAGGAAGCACUUAUAAAUGGCAUGAAGCUUAUGUUUCGUAAUGCCCGCCACUAUAAUGAGGAAGGAUCUCAGGUUUAUAAUGAUGCGAACAUCUUGGAGAAGAUAGUUAAGGAUAAACAGAAGGAGCUUGGCCCUCCUCCCGAGGAAGAUGACAUGGGCUCUCCCAAACUCAAGCUUCGCCGUAGUGGAGUUGCUGCCUCCCCUAAAAAGGCCCGCACUCAGACCACACCACUCCAGCAGAAGCUUACUGAUCUCUACGAAGCUGUGCGCAACUUCACAGACAAUCGUGGCCGACGUCUCAGCACCGUCUUCCAGCGUCUGCCUUCACGUUCUGAGCUGCCUGACUAUUACGCCGCCAUUAAGCGUCCUAUUGACAUGGAGCGUAUACGCAGCUACAUGGUGCAGGGACGCUACCAAGACGUCGACUCGCUAGCAGAAGAUUUCAUCCUUAUGUUCAACAACGCCUGCACCUACAACGAGCCAGAGUCUUUAAUAUACCGAGAUGCACUGCUGCUCCAUCGAGCCUUUCUGGAAGCUCGUCGACAGAUGGAGGAGGAAGAGGAUGGAGAUGAAGGUGGACUGGGUGGUUUGUCAGUUGCCUCUCUCGUGCAUGAGCUCAUCCGGAACCUCUUCGUUUCGAUGAUGGGACACCAGGAUGACGAAGGCCGCUGCUAUAGUGACUCUUUGGCGGAGGUUCCCGCCAUUGACCCUGCUAACCCAGAGGACCCACCCCUCACUUUAGAGAUCAUUCGUAAUAAUGUGGAUCGUGGUCGCUAUCGGAGACUGGAUGUGUUCCAAGAGCAUGUGUUUGAGGUGCUGGAGAAAGCAAGACGUCUCAACAGGACCGAUUCUGAGAUCUUUGAGGAUUCUGUGGAGCUACAGCAUUUCUUUGUGAAGAUCCGUGACGAGCUGUGCAAGAAUGGCGAAAUCUUGCUGACCCCAGCACUGAGCUACACAUCCAAACAUCUGCAUGCUGACAUAGAUCAAGAGAAGCGAGAGAAACUGCCCCAAGAAAUUGAGGAAGAUCGGCUGAAACGGGAGGAAGACAAAAAAGCUCUUCCAGAAGAGGACAAAGCAGAGGGUGCUGCAGGAAGCCAGUGGCCCUCUGGUCCUCAAAGCUCAUAUAGUCAGGACUGCAACUUUGAGAACAACACCUACAGCGUGGGAGAUUGUGUGUAUGUUCAGCCUUCAGAAGCGAAUUUGCAGCCUCACAUUGUCUGCAUUGAGAAACUCUGGAAGGACGAAGCUGGUGAGCAGUGGAUGUAUGGAUGUUGGUUUUAUCGUCCAGGCGAAACUUUCCAUCUGGCAGCGCGCAAGUUUCUGGAGAAGGAAGUAUUCAAGAGCGACUACAAUAACCGUGUGUCUUUCAGCAAGAUCUUGGGGAAAUGUGUUGUGUUGUUCGUAAAGGAGUAUUUUAAGUCGCAACCGGAAGGCUUUAGACCCGAAGACGUCUAUGUCUGUGAAUCCCGCUACACUGCCAGGACCAAAACCUUCAAGAAGAUCAAAAUAUGGUCCAUGCCGCCAAGCUUUGUCAAACUAGUCCCUCGGGAGGUUCCGUUACCCGUAGUCAGAGUUGCCUCCAUGUUUGUCAGUGCUAAAGACAAAGUGUCUGAUCUUCCUGAUGGAGAGAACGGGGGCUUCGUCGAGAAGGAGCGAGAAGACGUUCCAGUCGAAGUGGCCAAUGGGGAGCCUGGAUGCCAGUACUAUGAACAGCUCCAAUACAAUGACAUGUGGCUUAAAUUGGGUGACUGUGUCUACAUACGCUCCCACAGGCUGGUGCGACCACGAGUUGGCAGAAUCGAGAAGAUGUGGUUGCGGGAUGGAGCAGCAUUCUUCUUUGGACCCAUCUUCAUCCACCCUGAGGAAACGGAACAUGAGCCAACAAAGAUGUUCUACAAACGUGAGGUGUUCCUCAGCAGCCUGGAGGAGACCUGUCCUAUGACCUGCAUCUUAGGGAAAUGUGUGGUCUCCUCUUUUAAGGACAUCCUGUCCUGCAGACCAACUGAAUGUCCAGAAGAAGACAUGCUCCUGUUUGAAAGUCGCUACAUUGAGAGUGAAAAGCAUAUGAAGAAGUUUAAAGCCCUUAAACGCUUUUCCCUCUCAGCCAAAGUGGUUGAUGAUGAGAUCUUCUACUUUAGAAAACCCACCGUGCCCCAGAAGGUGCCAUCCCCCCUGCUGGAUAAGAAGAUUGAGGAGCUUGAGGCUAAGUUUGCAGACAUGGAGGAUCUGGAUGAAGAUAUGGAUGAUCUGGAUGAUGACGACGAAGCAGCAGCGACGCCCUCAAUGCCACCCAGUCAGGCAUCUACAACCAGUGACGUGGAUAUGCCUUAUACACCACCACAGUCCACACCAAAGAUUAAGGGUAUGUCAAAAAAGGAAGGAGCCAAGCGCAAGAUCAACAUGAGUGGCUACAUCCUGUUUAGCAGUGAAGUGAGGGCUAUUAUAAAGGCUCGUCACCCUGAUUUCUCCUUUGGAGAGCUGAGCCGACUGGUGGGCACAGAAUGGAGGAACCUGGAAACUUCUAAGAAGGCAGAAUAUGAAGAACGGGCAGCUAAACUGGUAGAGCAGCAAGAACGGGAGAGGGUCCUUCAGCAGCAGCAGCAGCAGCAGCAGGCUUCCCCAAGAGCAGGCAUGAUGGGAAUUUAUGGCCCGCCCUACAUACCUAUGCAGGGUCCUUCUGAGGGCAUGAUGGGCAUGGGUGGCACACCACCUCAUCCCAUGGGGGUGCCCCAGCUACCUUCCCAGCACUACCUUCUGACAGGCAUGACCGGGUACCCUGGUAUGCCCCAUCUGGGUGUGAUAGGCCCAGGAAUGAACGGCAUGGCAGGAAGUCCUGGUACUGGAAACCAUUAUGGCAUGCAGAUGGGUGGAUAUGGGCCAGGACAGCAAGCUCCACCACCAUAUCCAGGUCAAGGUCAACCAGGCCAGCAGCAGCCAGCUCCGCCUAUUUUUGUUGCCCCACCUCCAAAACCUCAGCGUCUUCUGCAUUCAGAAGCUUAUUUGAAGUACAUUGAGGGCCUCAGUGCUGAAUCCUCCACUAUUAGCAAGUGGGACCAGAGCCUUAAGGCACAAAGAAAAGACUGUCGUCUCACCAGGGAGCAAGAGAGCCGUCUCCCUACACACUGGCUGAAAAGCAAGGGCGCUCACACCACGAUGGCCGACGCAUUAUGGCGACUCCGAGACCUGAUGAUGAAAGACACGUUCAAUAUCCGACAGGCAUACAACCUUUAAACCUUUGUUUUAUCCCCAACUCUCAGGACUCUAAUUUAUGCAAGCCUUCUCCUACCAACUCUUUCCUAUCACAAUGUGAUAAAGUAUUAUGUACUGUUUGAAAUGCUUCAGCAAUAAUCUCCAAGUUGUGUGUGCGCAUAUGUUUGUGUGUGUGUGAGAAAUAAAGGUUUAGCCACAUUUAGGUACGCAAGACGCACUGGAAUUAAGUCAAUCAUGCAUCAAUUUAUAACUACUGACAUGGAUUUGAAAUAUGUCACUUUGGCUGUUACUUCAGAUGGAUUUUGGUUGAGUUUGAUGUUUAUCCACAUCAUUUUUAUUAUGCUUAAUACAUCACCUCAGACAAUGGCAUCACCAAUCCUCACAAAGUUCUCUGGCUAUGGCCACUCUUUACAAAAAGACUUCAAGUGGGCAAAGUUUUAAAAGAACACAGUAGCAUUUUAUUAAUAUAUUUUCCUUUUUAUACAGAGGCAAAAUAAGCUGAGUUCUUUAUUUUAAUGAUACUGUAAUUUUCAUUGUGUACAUGCAAAAAAAAAAAAAAAAAGCCUGUAAGAAAUGCUUAAACACAGUUGCAUUAAAAAUAUCAAAAUUGUCUCAAUUUCACCAAUAAACAGCAUUUCAAAAGGAUAAAGUGUGCUUCAAGUAUGUCCAAAACAUGUUUGUGAGAGGAUUGGGUUACCAGCCCCUCCACCCACCACUACUGUAACAUAAGGCCCGCAUAACCAGGCCACAAACCUCUGCACAUUAUGUUUAAAUGCGACUAAUUAAAAAGUUGAAUAGUAAUUUACUGUACCAAUCAAUUACUAAAACCCAUUUUCCUCGUUUUUACCCCACAACUGACUGGCGUGAUGUCAUUU